CAUCUGCGAUAUAUUUUCAUUUCUCGAAUCGAAAGAGGCGGACACGUGUAUCGACUCUAUCCACAAGAAUUCACUCGAAGACGACACCAGAGUCCUUUGUCGUCCUCGUCGUGACCAACAUCUUGGUUCCAGGCACACCAGGAGGCUCCAUUGUUCCGGAUGUCGUCUCAGAUUCAACGACUGAACGUCACGUUCCCCGGCGAUACGCCGUCCUGUCGUCGUCCUCUUAUCGGGCCACUCGCAGAGCCACCUUGGCAGCCUCGAAUAAGCGGGCGUGACUUUGCACCGACGGCUAAUCGGAUCGAGAAGACGCGAAAACGCCAAUCCUAUAAUUCCGUCGUAGUGGAAGUCUCGCGGCCUUCCUCCUGUCGGAUUUUUCGCGAUGGAACGCGAUGCACGAGCCCUGACGGAUCCCUUUCGACCAUCCACAAGUGUCGGAGAACAAGUGCAUUGGAAUAUUUUUCACGAAUUGCGUAUCAAAAUCCUGUUGCACCUCCUCCAUUCACUCGAUCGUUCCCUGUGUCCACCGUGGAGCGAAGGCACCAACAAGGCUUGUAAAAAGUGACAUCAAGAGGAGGAGGAGGAGGGAGGCGUAAUUAAAAAAACGCAAAUGCGACAAGGUGGUAAACGCAGACAGGCAAUUUCUCAAGAUUACUUUGAACGAUAUUAAAGCCAACUUUUUUUUNUUUUUUUUUUUUUUUUUCCCCUCAUUCGAAGCGAGCGCAGUUCCUUUGAGUUUGCACACUGGGGAGGGGAGGGCGCUUAGUCGUCAAACCUGUACGAUAAAAUUAACUUGUAAAACCGCCCGGUUUAAAGGCCGGCUUCGUGGAAAACGCGAGGCCGACUCUCGAGAAUUCGCCCAUUUCGUAAAUUAAUAACGACGGCCGGUCGAAAAGAGGGAUGAUGGAAAUUUAUAUUUCCCCUCUCUUUAUUUUCCCAUCCCAUCGCAUUGUUUCGCAUUGUUUUCCAACCUUUUUUCGAGUUGCCGGUCGUUCUUUUGUAAUAUUUCGAGUAAG